CCCCCAUCGCGGCGCCCCGGGAUCAGCCGCCACCGGCGCCGGGCUCCCCGCGGGCGAGGGGCGGAAGCUGCUAUCUGAGGCGGACGCCGGUGCCUCAGAGCCCGGGCGGCCGCAGCAACGGCGAGGCGCGGGGCGGGGGCGCCCGGCGGACCCCGCGACCCCGCACGGGCGGGCGCCCGGAGCGGGCAGCCGGGCCGGGGCAGGCGGUGGCGGCCGACGUGGCCGCGCUCGGGUGCCCCUCGCGCAGAGCUCCAUGCCGGUGUGGUGCUGCCGCUGCUCCCUGACCGGUCAUUUCAGAAACUAUAGUGACACUGAAACUGAAGGAGAGAUUUUUAAUUCCUUAGUGCAAUAUUUUGGUGAUAAUUUGGGGCGAAAAGUUAAAGCUAUGCCAUUAGUUGAAGAAACGUCUUUACUUGAAGAUUCAUCAGUGACUUUGCCUGUGGUAGUAAUAGGAAAUGGACCCUCAGGAAUAUGCCUUUCUUAUAUGUUAUCAGGCUACAGACCAUAUUUAUCAUCGGAAGCAAUACACCCAAAUGCAGUCUUACAUAGUAAAUUAGAAGAAGCAAGACAUCUUUCCAUUAUUGAUCAGGACUUAGAAUACUUGUCUGAGGGCCUUGAGGGCCGAUCCUCCAAUCCAGUGGCAGUACUUUUCGACACGCUUCUUCAUCCAGAUGCUGACUUUGGGUAUGAUUAUCCAUCUGUUCUGCAUUGGAAAUUAGAACAACAUCAUUAUAUCCCUCACUUAGUUCUUGGUAAAGGUCCACCUGGUGGGGCUUGGCAUAAUAUGGAAGGCUCCAUGUUGACAAUCAGCUUUGGAAAUUGGAUGGAGUUACCUGGACUUAAAUUUAAGGACUGGGUGUCAAACAAACGAAGGAACCUAAAAGGGGAUCGAGUUAUGCCAGAGGAAAUAGCUCGCUACUAUAAACAUUAUGUAAAAGUCAUGGGUCUUCAGAAGAAUUUCAGAGAGAAUACUUACAUAACUUCUGUAUCAAGACUCUACAGAGAUCAAGAUGAUGAUGAUAGUCAAGACAGAGAUAUUUCAACAAAGCAUUUACAGAUAGAGAAGUCAAAAUUUAUCAAGAGAAACUGGGAAAUCAGGGGUUAUCAGCGAAUAGCAGAUGGUUCUCAUGUCCCCUUCUGUCUUUUUGCUGAGAAUGUAGCUCUGGCAACUGGAACAUUGGAUUCUCCUGCUCAUCUGGAAAUCGAAGGGGAAGAUUUUCCAUUUGUGUUUCAUUCAAUGCCUGAAUUUGGAGCUGCUAUAAGCAAAGGAAAGUUGCGUGGCAAAGUGGACCCAGUGUUAAUUGUAGGUUCUGGGCUUACUGCAGCUGAUGCAGUACUAUGUGCUUACAACAAUAACAUCCCUGUGAUACACGUAUUUCGCAGGCGAGUAACUGAUCCAAGCUUAAUUUUCAAACAGCUUCCCAAAAAGCUUUAUCCUGAAUAUCAUAAAGUCUAUCAUAUGAUGUGUACUCAGUCAUAUUCUGUAAACUCAAAUCUUUUAUCUGAUUAUACCAGUUUUCCUGAGCACCAUGUGCUUUCCUUUAAGUCGGACAUGAAAUGCAUUCUUCAAAGCAUCUCUGGAUUGAAGAAAAUAUUUAAGCUUUCUGCAGCAGCAGUACUGAUAGGUUCUCAUCCUAAUCUGUCUUUUCUGAAGGAACAAGGAUGUUACCUAGGCCAUAAGUCAAGUCAGCCAAUCACAUGUAAGGGUAAUCCUGUGGAAAUAGAUACAUACACCUAUGAGUGUGUUAAAGAAGCCAACCUUUUUGCAUUGGGUCCUUUGGUUGGAGACAAUUUUGUUCGAUUUUUAAAGGGAGGGGCGCUGGGUGUUACACGCUGUUUAACUAUAAGACAGAAGAAAAAGCAGCAUUUAUUUGUUGAAAGAGGAGGAGGAGAUGGGAUAGCUUAAAGCAAGUUUAUGAGAAAUUUAAAUGGACAGUCUGCCAUUAAAGAUUUUUAAUAGUGGUUUUGCAGUGUACUGGCUUGAAUUUUUUAGACUCGACUGGAGGAGAGCCUCAAGCUACAGUAACUUCAUUUUUUAAAGUUACCAGAACUUGGUGUUCUGAUUUAUAUUGUAAUUUAUCAAAGGUGUCGCUGUCAGACAAGUGGAAACACUGCCAACUUGGUAUACUUUAAGCUUUCACUUAACUAAAACAUUCUUUUCUUCCAA